UUGUCAAGGAGAAGGCAAAGAGAAGAAGUGAAAGUUUUCCCGUCAUUUUAUCGUUUUAAUCUCUUUUGGAGCACAAUUUUCUGUUUCCAUAACGAAAAUAAGGGAUUCGAAAGAGGUUUUUYGUAGUCGUUUCGCUUUAAAAGUUUUGUGCAGUUUCUAAUACAUCAGUUAUCUGAAGCCAUCAAAACAAUAUGGCGGAUUGUAAUCUAUGGGARGAUCGAGACGUUCGCUUUGAUAUAACCUUACAGCAAAUGCAACUCCGCUCUGGUGAAAUUCUAAUUGAUAAACUUGAUUCUGUAGAAGAUACAAAGGGUAAUAAUGGUGACAGAGGGCGACUUAUGGUCACUAAUCUUCGACUGAUAUGGCAUUCACAAAGUAUGCCCAGGGUCAAUCUUUCUGUUGGCUAUGGUGCUGUUGUCAAUAUAUCCACAAGGACGGCUCACUCUAAACUAAGAGGACAAACUGAAGCGCUUUAUCUUUUGACAAGAUGUAACAAUACUAGAUUUGAAUUCAUCUUUACAAAUCUAGUAUCAGGCAGUCCUAGAUUGUUUACAACUGUAAUUUCGGUGUACAGGGCUUAUGAAUCAUCAAAACUUUACAGAGACUUAAAGCUCAGAGGAGCACUGAUACAGAAUAAGCAGCUGAGAAUACUUCCACUAGAGCAAGUAUAUGAUAAGAUCAAUGGYGUCUGGAAUCUUUCAAGCGAUCAGGGGAACCUGGGUACUUUUUACAUCACCAAUGUACGUUUGGUAUGGCAUGCUAACAUGAAUGAUUCCUUCAAUGUUAGUAUCCCUUACUUACAAAUGAAAACUGUUAGAAUCCGUGAUUCUAAGUUUGGUUUAGCAUUGGUGGUUGAAACAUCUCAACAGAGUGGAGGGUAUGUACUUGGUUUUCGCAUUGAUCCAGUAGAGAAACUACAAGAAGCUGUUAAGGAAAUCCAAAGUCUACAGAAGGUGUACAGCGCAAGCCCUAUCUUUGGAGUCGAGUUUGAAACUGAAGACAAACCCCAAGCCUUAGAGGARGUGACAGUUGAUCCUGUACAAGAUGAUAUUGAAAUUGUAAAUGAAGGAACCACUGAUGCUUUUGCUGCAUAUUUUGCUGAUGGCGACAAGACAAGUGACCGUGAGCCCAUUUAUUCUGAGCAACUUGGUUUGGCUAUUGAGAAGCUUAAAGAUGGUUUUACUUUACAAGAACUGUGGGAAGCUGUKCCAAACUGAAUGAAAUUCUGUAUCACAGCUGCAAGACAGUGGCAAUAAAAUGUUCUAACAAAUCACCAACAAUGUAUAUAAAGACUUAGUAUUACACUCUUAGAAAGCAUGAAUCAAAAAAUAUGCUUGCUAUCUAGUUUGUAUAUAUUUAAUCUAUAGAAGUGUUGAAAGGAUAAUUCUCUUGUUGCUUAUAAACAAACAAUCAUAAAUAAAAGGUCUUAUUACAGUAUGAUUAUUGGCCAAUUAGUAAUAUAAAUUAUAUAUGUGUUGUGUACACAUUUGUAGUUGWGAGUUUGCAAAUAUACUUCAUCGCAUCUUG